UUCAGUGCGGCGGUGGCGUAAAACUUGGGAAAAUCGCACGCCCCAACAAGCGGUGUGUGUGAAGGGUGCGAGAUCACGAUUACGAUCCAUCCCUAAUACAUAUAAAUAAUAAUAAUAAAAAAAAACAAAAAAAUUUACACCGAUGACAUUGUCUAAAAGUGCCGUUCGAUCCUUCACAAUUAUUAGUUCGUUCCCUUUUUUUUACCCCCAAAAAAAAAAAUAAUAUUUUAGUGAAAAACUAUUAAAAGUUACAUUUAAUUUUUUUUUUUCCCCCAAAAAAAAAGAAAAUUAAUAAUUAAAGAAUCGAGACUUGAAGGAGAACCAAUUCUGAAAGGAUCUUUUGUUUGAUCACCCUUCAUCAGCUGGUUAGAUUUCAAGUUUGCCGACAUGUCGGCGCUGUGGGCCAGGCUCUGCCGACGCGGGAACAUCCUGUACCUGGUCAUUUUGUUAACAGUACGAUCCUCGCAUUCUGCACCAGUAUACGAUCAAGAUACCACACAAGUAGCAGAGUACGAUGGAGGUGCAACAGGUUGUUACUAUAAUUUUCAACAUUAUCAGGAGGGCGAUCGAAUUAUAACAAACGAACCAUGUUUGAAUUGUACAUGUCACAAUCGAAUGUUGAUGUGUUACCUGAGGGUAUGUCCUUUUACAAAGGCAAUUGGUCAGGAUUGUAUAGUCGAAAAACGUCCCGAUCAAUGUUGUCCAGUGAUAACAUGUCCCGAAGUACCCGUACAACUUCUAACAUCAACAACAGACACACCUUCCGGUUCAGGUACAGAAAUUGGCUUCCCCGACAAUUAUGGUUGCAACAUUAAUAAUCGAUUUUACGCCGACGGUAUGCAACUUCCAAUUGACUAUAGUAAUCCCUGUGAACUUUGCUACUGCAUAAGAAACAAAACCACAUGCGUCAUUCAGGAAUGUACACUUCGAGUCGCUGGAUGCAAGCCAAUUUACCAGCCCGGAAUUUGUUGUCCAGUUAAAUACAAUUGCGAUUAUGACGAAAUAUCAGAAACGACAAUUGGACCAACACCUGGUCUUCUGAUGACCACAACAAUGGCACCUGGCAUUGCUAAUCGACAAUGUUCUCACGAGGGAAAAUUGUACGACGAAGGUAGUUUCAUUUCCUCGACACAUCCAUGCACGCAUUGUUACUGCUUCAGUGGCGAUAUAGCAUGUGCCGUUCAGGACUGCGGUACGCCUAUGAAGACUCAUGGAAAAAAUUGCACUGCUCUUCCACCUCCCGAGGGUGAAUGUUGCCCAACCACGUAUCAAUGCGAAAAUGACUUCCAAACCGAACCUGGAUCUGAAACAACGAUAGAAAGUGUCACUGAAGAAAAGGAUGACAAAUUCCCCGGAGCUGAUAAUGCAAUUCCUGAGGAUCAUGAAUUUAGAACAACAGUUUCGACGAUUAAGGAAGAAACACCGAAACUUGAUGAUAGAAUAGACACAGAGGCAAAAACUGAAUCCCCACAGGAAGGAACUUCACCUGAGGAAAUACAGAGGGAAACAACGGAUAGCAAACUUCCAGAAAUUUCCAAAGAUGAAAAAGAUCAAACCACCUUGACAAGUGUAACGGAAGGACAAACUGUCGAAUCGGAGAAACCAAUCGAAGAAACCUCAGAUCAGACUGAAAGUUCCCUAAUUGAAAAAUCGACUGAAGGCUUAGAACCCAAAAAGGAAUCAGAAGAACCAUUAGUACCAGAAGUACCAGAGGUUUCGGAACCAUCUUCAGAGAAGCCAACUCUUCCAACGCAAGGUCCAUCGGGAAUUCCAUUACCAGCACGAAGGCCAGAGAACAAAAAGGAUGACAAUAUUAAUCAUGUUGAAAUUGGCGAUGGUUACGGGCCAACUGGACGUCCGGAAGGACAUACCGAUAGUCAAGUGACGGAAACCAAUGAAUUUGGUCCAACUACUUUUGUACCUACAACUUAUCUACCUCCAUAUACCUCAAAAACAGACGAGACGGAUAUAACACUUGGAAUCACUGAUAAGGGUAUAACUAGCGAAAUUGACAGGACGGAAGUACCAGAAAUUGUGACAGAAGAAACAAAGCCGUCAAGUCCUCAGGAAGAUGCAACCAAGGUGGGUGGUGACAGUCCUGUGGACACGACGGAAAGUACUCAGGAAACUAAGGCAACUGAGGAAUCAGGUGUUUCGCCGAAAGAGGAAGUGGAAACACCUGUAGAGUCCAGUGAAGAGCCUAAGGAAAGUGAGCUUCCUAUGGAAACUGAGGCUCCUAAGGAGGAAACUGUGGCUCCUAAAGAGGAAACUGAGUCUCCUAAAGAGGAAACUAUGGCUCCAAAAGAGGAAACUAUGGCUCCAAAAGAGGAAAUGGCUCCCAAGGAAGAAACUGAAGCUCCUAAAGAAGAAACUGUAACUCCUAUAGAAGAAACUGAAUUCCCUAAAGAAGGAACUGAAGCCCCUAAAGAAGAAACCGAAAUCCCUAAAGAAGGAACUGAAGCCCCUAAAGAAUCUAGUGAAUCUCCAAAAGAAACGGAAACACCUAAGGAAUCUAGUGAAGCUCCAAAAGAGGAAACUGCAACGCCAGUAGAAUCCAGUGAAGCUCCGAAAGAAUCCAGCGAAACGCCUGUAGAAUCUAGUGAUGCUCCAAAAGAAACGGAAAUGCCGAUAGAAUCUAGCGAAGCUCCAAAAGAAAGCACUGAAGCGCCUUUAGAACCUAGUAAAGCUCCAAAAGACGAUACUCCAGGACCUGAAGAACCCAGUGAAAAGGAAACUGAAUCUCCGAAAGAAAGCGAAAUGCCUUCCGAAUCCAGUGACGCUCCGAAAGAAGGAACUGAAGAACCAGUAGAGUCUAGCGAAACCCCAAAAGAAACUGAAAUUCCAGUAGAAUCCAGUGAAACACCUGUAGAAUCUAGUGAAACUCCGAAAGAAGGAAGCGAAACGCCUGUAGAAUCCAGUGAAGCACCGAAAGAAACUGAAAUUCCGGUCGAAUCUAGUGAAGCACCCAAAGAAGGAACCGAAACGCCUGUGGACGCUAGUGAAGCUCCGAAAGAAGGAACCGAAACUCCUGUAGAAUCCAGUGAGACUCCUAAAGAAGGAACCGAAACGCCUGUUGAAUCUAGUGAAAGUCCGAAAGAAACUGAAAUACCGGUAGAAUCCAGUGAAGCACCUAAGGAAUCUAGUGAUGCCCCUAAAGAAGGAACCGAAGCACCUGUAGAAUCUAGUGAUGCUCCAAAAGAAACUGAAAUGCCAGUAGAAUCCAGUGAAACACCCAAGGAAUCUAGUGAAGCUCCAAAAGAGGAAACUGCAACGCCUGUAGAAUCCAGUGAAACUCCGAAAGAAUCCAGCGAAACGCCUGUAGAAUCUAGCGAUGCUCCAAAGGAAACUGAAAUGCCUAUGGAAUCCAGUGAGGCUCCAAAAACUGAAGCACCAGCGGAAUUCAAAACUCCUGAAGAUACCGAAACAUCUGUAGAGUCAAGCGAAGCUCCUAAGGAAGAGACAAGUGAUGCUCCUAAAGAAUCAAGUGAUGCUCCUAAGGAUACCGAAAUGCCUGUAGAAUCCAGUGAAGCACCUAAAGAAACCGAAAUGCCUGUAGAAUCCAGUGAAGCACCUAAAGAAACCGAAAUGCCUGUAGAAUCCAGUGAAGCACCUAAAGAAACCGAAAUGCCUGUAGAAUCCAGUGAAGCGCCUAAAGAAACCGAAACACCAAAAGAGGAAACUGAAACGCCGAUAGAAACCAGUGAAUCUCCGAAAGAGGAUACUGAAGUACCUAAAGAACCCAGUGAAGCUUCAAAAGAAACUGAAGCUCCUAAGGAUUCUAGUGAAUCUCCAAAAGAAACCGAAGCGCCUAAGGACUCCAGUGAAUCGCCGAAGGAAGAUACAGAAUCUACCGUAUCCAGUGAAGGUCCAAUUGAGGGUACUGAAGGAAUAAGUGAAGCUCCAAAAGAAGGUGAAACACCAAAAGACGGCGAAAUUCCAAAAGAAAGUGAAACACCUGUAGAAUCAACGGAGAUUUCCCAAGAACCCACGGAAAUUUCUAAAGAAUCCACUGAAACUGACAAAGAAACAACUGCAAUUUCUUCAGAAUCCUCUUCUACGGAAUCUAAUGAAAUUUCCGAAGGACCCAAAGGAUCCGAAAUUCCCGUAGAACCAACGGAAAUUCCUAAAGAAACCAAUGAAAUUCCAGUGGAAUCAACAGAUGUUUCCAAAGAAACAACCGAAGAUUCUAUAGCACCUACCGAAAUUACUAAAGACACAAGUGCUUCUAAAGAAAUCGGGGAAAUUACCAAAACCCCUGAAAUUUCAACGGAGAAAAUUACUACCGACGAAAGUUUCGAACCUACAGUUGUAAAGGAGCCUAGCGAAACUAAGGAAGGCCAAACUGAAUCAACAGAACCUGAAAAAGAAACAACUGAUGAAGACAAAAUCACCGAAUCCAUCUCAGAAAGUACGCAAACAGAAACUGGAACUAAAUCCUCUUCACUUCAACCUGAACCUGAACAAACAACCGGCAGUCAAGAACCAACAAAGACUGAAGUAACACAGGAAACUGACGCUAAAGAAACAGAAACCACAGAAAAGGAAAUUGGUGCCACCAGCGAUGAAUCAGAAUUAGAAGGUAAAACACCACCUGAAAUACCCACUAUUGAUGUCAGAAUAACCGAGAGUCCAAUUUCCGAAUCAUCUAAAUUGCCAACGGAGAGUUCAGAACCUACUAUUGAAGAAAGUGAAUCUAAAACACCAGUUGAUGAUCAAACUCAACCAUCGGAUAAGAAAGAACCCACAGAAUCACCAGAAAUUUCUAAGGAACCAGUUACGGAUGAAGAAUUUGUAACAAAAAUAAGCGUACCAUCGGACAUGAAACCGGAUUCAGCUACCUCGUCACCAGCUUCAUCUGAUGAACCAUCUUCAGCAAGUGAAGAAACUAGUCCCACCGAAGACACUUAUACUUCAAUGGGUAUUCCCGGUGAAGGUAACUGCCUCGUUGAUGGACAAUCCUAUUACAAUAAUUCCGCGAUACCUCCAGUGAAUCCUUGUCAAUUGAGCUGCAAAUGUAUCAGUAGUAUUGUUCACUGUGAUUUGGUGGAAUGUUCGCCGCCUCCGGCUCAUUUGGCUAAUUGUACACCACUUUACACCAGCACAGAAUCUUGUUGCCCUAUGUACACUUGUGACACUGAAACCUCGGCAACACUCGAGUCUGAUAAUCAAAUGGCGGGAAAAACACCGGAAUAUGAACCAACAGCGAAACCAGAGGAAUCUACAAAGGCUGAUGAAACAACAUCAGAAGUAGAAAUGACAAGUAAAACACCCGUGGAAGAAGAACACCGUGGAACCGAAUCAACUAAAAUUGAAGAAUCAACGAAAGUAACAGAGAUGGUAGAACCUUCGAUUUCAACAGAAGGAGCCGAAAGCUCCCCAACAGAGGAAACUGAAACUAAAACUGAGGGAAUAGAAACAUCUGGAACACCAAUGCAAAUGCCAAGUUCAACUGAAUCUAGUCCUGCAACGGAAAAGGGUACAGAAGUGAGUGUCUCCGAUGAAGCAACUCCAAUGGUAGAUGUAUCAGAAACACCUAAAGAGGAAUCUACCGAGAAAACUUCAGAAGGAAGUCAAACACCUGAAAUCGAAUUGAAAAUAACGGAGACACCAGCUGAGGGUACAGAAAAAACUACCUCUGAAAGUGAAACUGAAGUUCAGGAAACUGAAGCUUCAAAAGCAGAAGAAGCUGUAACUAAGGAAAGCGAAUCCAGCUCUCCAACAUCUCCAAGUGAGGAACAAACAAUUUCAACAGAGAAAUCACCAUCAUCCGAUGAGACUGCAAGCCCUGAAGGUGAAAUGCAACCAACGGAAGUUCAUGUUUCCGAAACUUCAGCAACUGAAAAGGUCGAAACUCCAAUGGAGGUAACGGAUGAUACUUCCGAUGUUACGAAAAUGGAACCCUCUGAAAGUGAAAUUACUAAAGGACCAGAGGAAGUGACAAAAGAAAGUGAAGUUACUCAAGGACCAGAAGAAGCAACAAAAGAAAGUGAAGUUACUAAAGGACCAGAAGAAGCAACAAAAGAAAGUACUGAAAGUACUACUGAAGCAGUUUCUGUAAAAGAAGAAACUACGGAAGCUGAUUUAAAGACUGAAAUCCCCGAAGGAACUAAGACUCCGGAGAAGGAAAUUGAGACGGAGAAAGAAGUUACCGAAAAAACUGAUGCAAUGGAAAUAACCGAACCUGUUGAAAAGGCAACCGAAAUGCCAGAAAAGGAACCAGAUAUUAGCGAAAUUCCAGAAAUGAUGGAUAAGGAAGUCUCCGAUAGAACUGAAAUGCCAGAAACGGAAAUCACCGAAAUGCCGACGAAGGAAAUUUCGGAUAAAACAGAAAUCCCAGAAACAGAAGCUCCCGAAGGUACUGCGAUUCCAGAAAACGAAACUCCAGAAAGUACUUCGAUUCCAGAAAAGGAAGUAACCGAGAAAGAAGUCUCCGAAACUCCAGCUAAAGAGGAACCUUCUAUUAAGGAAGGAUCCACGGCUCCAGUUGAAGAAACUUCCGAAUCGUUUGCACCAACUGAGAUGGAAGGAAUUUCCACAGAGAAAUCUUCUUCGGAACCUUCAUCUUCGCCUUCAGUAGAUGAGGCUACAAUUCCAGAAGAAAAAGAAACCGCGCAACCAACGGAAGCUGAAAUCCCACAAGGUUCAACUCCAGAAACUUCGGCAACGGAAAAAGAGACCUCACCGGAAAUAACUGAUGACUCUACUGUAACAAAAUCAGAACCUGAAGGUGACAUAACAAAAGGACCGGAAGAAAUUACCGAAGAGCCAGUCACAAGUGAGAAAGAAUCACCGGAGAUUGGAGUAACAGACAAAACGUCUGAAGAAACUCCGGAACCGGAAAAAAUUACUCCCGACGUUCCCGAGAGUUCAGUAACUGAGGAAACAAAGACUGAGACCGAAUUACCAAGGACUGAGAUUCCCGAAGUUUCUGAAGGAACACCGGAACCGGAAAUUAAAACUCCUGACGUAACGGAAACACCGGAAAAGGAAGUUCCUGAAGUUACUGCAAUUCCAGAAAAGGAAAUUCCGGAAAGUACUUCGAUUCCAGAAAAGGAGGUUCCAGAAAGUACUUCGAUUCCAGAAAAGGAAGUUCCGGAAAGUACUUCGAUUCCAGAAAAGGAGGUUCCAGAAAGUACUUCGAUUCCAGAAAAGGAAGUAACCGAGAAAGAAGUCUCCGAAACUCCAGCUAAAGAGGAACCUACUAUUAAAGAAGGAACCACGUCUCCAGUUGAAGAAACAUCCGAAACGUUUGCUCCAACUGAGGCACAAGGAAUUUCCACAGAGGAAUCGGAAUCAUCUUCCGUGGAUGAGGCAACAAGUUCGUCUGAAGAAAGUGUAACAAAAGAAUCUGAAAGUGAAAUCACCAAAGGACCGGAGGGAAUUACAAAAGAAAGCAGUACCGAAGUGGCAAUGACGCCGGAAAAGGAAAUACAAGUCACCGAUUCGCCCGUUGAGGUCAGUACAGAAGUGGAAAAAGCGACUGAAAUUCCGGAAAUUGUCGAAAAAACGGAAAUUCCAGCAGAACAUGAAACCACUUCCGAACCAAUCAGUGAUAAAACGUCUGAAGUAACGUCAGCUACAGAAUCAGAAACAGUCGCCAGUGAAGCAAUGGAGCCUGGAAUUAGUCAAGAACCUACGGAAUCGGAGACUUCCGAAAAACCAUCAUCAGAAGAACCUGUCACUAUUUCAGUGGGUCCAAAAAUAUCCGAAGGAGCCGAAGCUACUGAACAGUCUGUCGAAUCAAAACCAACUGCUUCUGUUGAAUCUACCGAAAAAACUGAAAUUUCAACCGAAGGUGCCUUGAAUGAAACACCAACAGUUACAGAACAAAAGGAAAGUCAACCCAGUACCGAGGAAUCACAAACAGAAACUAGUAGUCACGAACCACAAGAGCAGGUGACAGUUAAAACACCUCAAACUGAAACUACCGACGAAGGUGAAUUGGAGCAUAUUCCAAGCUCCGAAAUACCAUCACAAGGUGAAGGUCAACUAACAAUAAGUCCCGAUCAAGAAACCGUUGGUCCUGGCUACUUUGAACAAUCGAGUACAUCAACAUCAUCGGAAAGUGGUCAAUAUCCAGAUCAAACAAUGACGGAUGAUUACAAUCCAAAUUUCCCAAUUGACGGUGGUACUCACAUGAUACCCGAUGACUAUGAGACUGAAGACGAUAAGGAAGUUUAUGGUCCUGGUACUUGUCGUUAUGGUGGCAAGGUUUACAUGUCUGCUCAACAAAUACCAAGAGACGAUCCAUGUGAUUUUUGUUUCUGCUUUAGAAGCGAUAUUAUUUGUCUACAACAAAGUUGUCCACCACCAAUUCCAGGAUGUCAUGAGGAGCCUAUUUCUGGCUUCUGUUGUCCAAGGUACGAGUGUCCUGUGUCAAUGGCAAUGACACUUAAUUUAACGACAACUACAACAACAACAACGACGACGCUACCACCACAUUUCCUUUCACAUUCGUAUAAGGGUGCGACUAGGCGGAGUGGCUGUCAAAUAAGAGGUCAAGCCUAUCGAGUUGGGGAAAUCAUCAAAUCAUCCUCUGGACCGUGCCUUCAAUGCACAUGCGGAGGUGAUGGUAAAAUGAAAUGUGAACCAAAGGUUUGCACACCCGAACCAAUGUUAAGGCAAAUGAUUGCAGCUGCAACAGCUCGAAAACGAAGAUGAGCCAUCGAUUGUUGAUUGUGUGAACUCGCUAAUUAAAUUUCAACGUGACGAAACCAAGUGUUGUAUAAAAGUGAACAAAAACAAACAAAAAAAAACAAACAAACAAACAAAUUUAAUUCUAGACUACUUUAAUUUCGCGGAAACAUUUUUUUUAUAGACAUUUAUUAAAAAAAAAAAAAAAAAAAAAUGUGAUCUGCGAAAAUGAACUGAGUGGCCAAAACAUUUAUAUAUUAUAUAUUAUAUGUUAUAUAUACACACAUAUAUAUAUAAAUGAAAAAAUGAAUAUGAGAGUAAGGCGCGUUCCAAGUGCCAAAAUGGAAGAAAUAAUUAAAAAAAAAAAAAAUACGUCUCAAGGACAGUAAUAAUGUCAAUUUUUUUUUCGUGCUGUUAAUAGGGAGCAAUCGAUCUCGACGAAACAAUUAUAUUGAAAAAAAAAAAUAAAAGCGAGGAUGAAAGUGAAAAUAGCGAAACACACGAGACUUAUGACUGUGCCUUUGUUGUUGCCAAAAUAGCAUUAAAAAAAAAAAUGUGACAGCAGCAAUUCUGCCAUAUCAAGUGUCAAAAAAAAAAGUAAAAACAACGUCCUCGGCACAAAUUUCAUCGAAAUUUUUAAAUUUUUAAAUAAAAAAAAAAAAAAAUUCGAAGAGUUAGGUUAGGUAAAUAAUGAAAUGUAACGCACUGCACCAUAAUUUGUAACAUUUAUCAUUUUUGGUACGAUUUAAACCCCAUUUUUUUAAUUGUUACAAUUUAUGGUUUUCUAGGAAAAAAAAAAAAAGAAAGUCUUCUUAUUGACACUACAACGAGGGCACAAAUCCUCGCUCAACAACUUAUGACAAAAAAAAAAAAUGAAAAUCUCUUUUUUAUUAAUUUUUUAUAUUCAAAAUAUAAAAGCUAAUAAUAAAGAGAAAUUUCAGAGCUGGAAUUUACUUUUUUUAAUUUUCUAUUACAAUUUUCAAAUUUCAAAACUGUUUUUGAGCUGAGCAACGAAAGUCUCAGAAAAUUUUUUUUAUUUUUUUUUUUCUGAAAAUUGUGAAGAAAAUUGGGGGGAGGGGAAAGUAUGGUAAUAAUUACUAUACUAGUGUAAUUGCUAACAGUGGCAAUUAUUGCUGUAUGAAAAAAAAAAUUUUUUUUAAAGUGCGAUAUUGUACCAGCUCUGAUAGAACUUUUUUUUUUUACUCGUAUAUAUAUAUAUAUAUUUAUAAGAGUUAGUGUAUAAGACUAUUUACGCGCAUUAGAAUUUUCUUGUGGAAAAUGACACUAGAUAUUUGACCACACGUGCCACCUUUAUAGAUCCAGACUCCGGUGUAUUUAUAUAUAUUUAUGUAUCGAUCGGUGUUGACUCAAAAAAAAAAUAAAUAAAUAAAUAAAUAAAAAAAAAAAAAAAAACAGUGAGGAGAUGAGAGAAGAGAGAAAAAAAAAAAAAAAAUUAAAAAAAAAAAAAAAAAAAAACCUUCGGAACGUAAGCGCAAA